CGAAGUAAAGUUUGGUUUUUGUUUUCAUAUUUAUUUUUGAAAUCAUUUAUAUAGAAAUACAAGUUAAAACAUGGGGUUUAAUCACACAAGUUAUCUAUCCCGUAGCAUCUUUACGUAUAAUUAUCGUUCGUUAUGAAAAUGAACCAUACUAUGAUAUAAUAUUAUAUCAACGAAACUCGACAAUUAUUCGUCAAUCAAAUGGAUUAUGUGUUCAUGAAUCAAUACAUUGUCAUUCGACAAAAGAUGAUAAUCAUCAUCGAAUUAAUCCAACAUAUGAACAACUCUUUGUCAAUGAACAUGCUAAAGAGAUUUGUAAUCAAUAUCAUGAAUCCAUACGUCACAUGAUGGAAGAAUUAGAUUUACCUUUGAUUAGUCAAACAACACAAGAUCAAUCGAUAACAUCCUGUAUCAAUGAUCUUGAAUUAACAGGAAAUAGACAAUUUGCAAAAAAUAUUCUGCAAUUAUCAUUAUUUGACAAUAUCAACAAUUUUGACAUACGUGAAAAUCAAAUAAAUAAAUAUUUAGAAAAAAUUGAUUAUGCAUUACAAAAAACUCUUCAAAUUAUUGAUAAUUACACAAUAGAAAAUGUUACUACCGACGAAUUACAAUCACAUACAACAUUAGAAGCUGAAAGUUCACAAGAGACAAUAAGUGAAUUAAUAACUACAACAACAUCGACAUCAAAAAUGACUACCACUUCUACUACCACUUCUACUUUUACUACAACUUCGACUCUCAUUCCAGAAAAUAGUAAUGAUAAGGGUAUAUGUCAUGUUUAUGGUGAUCCACAUAUUAUUCGUUUUUCACAACAAUCAAAUAUAUUUCAAGAUCAAUAUUGGUGUAAAAUAUCCGGUGAACAUCGUAUUCUUAAAAAUAAUUAUGUUGAAAUAAAAGUUUUUAUUCAAUAUCGAACUUGGUUGAUAGAUAGUUUUAACAUAACAUUUUUCAAAGAUAAUGAAACAAUUCUUUGUACAAUUACUGAUAAUAAUGAACAAUAUUGUAGUAGUUCAGAAAUUAAAGUAACUCGUCCAAGUCUAUCACAAAUGAAUAUUUUAUAUGUCACACCUAGAUUACAUAUAUCAGUUGUUUCACAUCAAUACGAAUUACAAUGGUAUGAUAUAAGUAUACGUAUGCCUUAUGCGCUGAUUCGUCAAUCACAAGGUCUUUGUAUUAUGCCAUCAAUUGGAAAUUGUGAAAUUGAAAAUGAACAAGAAAAUAAUGUUAAUCAAUUAUCUAUAUCAAUAUGUGAACUAUAUGUAACAGCAAGCCUGCAAGCAUCUAAUGAAUUAAAUCUUUUUAAUGAUGUAGACAGAUAUAGUAAUGCAUUAAUUGCAUGUAUUCAUGAUUAUGAAACAACAGGCAAUAGAAAUUUUGGUGCAAGUGUAGUAGAUAUGAUU